AUGAACCCAUCCGCGGCAAUCCCAAAGGCCGCGGCCCUCCCCGCGCGCCUCCUUCGAGCACAGUCACAAUGCUCGACUAAGACAACCUGUCGAACCGUCUCUGUAUCUUCCCAAAAACGAGCCUACCAUGCGGGACCUUCUGCUUCUCCCGCUAGACGGUUGCGCGAGGGUGUGUCCAGAAACAAGACCUCAUCUGUGUUCCUGAUCCGCCCUUUCCACUCCACCGCUUCACUCGCAAUUGCCGAUCCCUACAAAGUUCUUGGUGUCGACAAAGGUGCUUCGGCUGGUGAUAUCAAGAAGGCAUAUUACGGCUUGGCUAAGAAAUAUCACCCGGACACCAACAAGGACGCCAACGCCAAGGACAAGUUUAACGAAGCUCAAUCCGCAUACGAGUUAUUAUCUGAUGCCAAAAAGCGGGAGCAGUAUGAUCAGUUUGGUUCGGCCGCUUUUGAUCAAAAUGGUGGAUUCAACCCUCAUGCCGGAGGAAACCCAUUCGCUGGCGCCGGGGGCUUCCAUGGAUUCGGUGGAGGCUUCGGAGGAGGCGGUUUCGGAGGAGGUUUUGCGAACGACAUCAACUUCGAGGAUCUAUUCGGUGCCUUUGCCGGUGGUGCUCGUCGAGGCGCUCGGGGCCGCCGCAACCCGUUCCAGGAACAGAUCCUCGUUGGAGAGGAUAUCGAAGUUCAAAGCAGCAUCUCCUUCAUGGAGUCUGCCAAGGGUACUUCUCAGGAUAUUGUCAUCACUCCCUUAACACAGUGUGGCACUUGUAAGGGCGAUGGAUUGAAGUCCGGUGCUAAGCGCUCUCAGUGCAAGUCGUGCAAUGGCUCCGGAACCCGCGUCCACUUCAUGCAGGGCGGUUUCCAGGUCGCCGCAACUUGCGACGCUUGUGGCGGAGCUGGCAUGUCCGUGCCUCGUGGGUCCGAGUGCGGUGGAUGCCACGGAAAUGGUGUGAUUAGGGAGCGCAAGACCCUGAAGGUUGAUAUUCCUGCCGGUGUGGAGGAUGGUAUGCGGAUGAGGGUUACUGGCGAAGGUGACGCACCUCCAACUGGAACCUCUGCUGCAGCCGGUGCUCGCACCCAGCGUGGUGAUCUCUACGUCACUAUUCGGGUUGCCCCCGAUACUCGCUUCACCCGCAAUGGAUCCGAUAUUCUCUACACUGCUACUAUUCCCCUCACAACCGCUUUGCUCGGUGGUGAGGUGACUAUCCCGACUCUCGAUAAUGAAGUUAAGGUCAAGGUAUCCACUGGUACCGGCACUGGUGAUCGAAUCACUCUGUCGGGAAUGGGCAUGAAGAAGUUGGGCGGUAGUCGUUCGCGCUUUAGCCCGACAGGUGACCUGAAAGUCGAGUUCAAGGUUUCCAUGCCGAAGUACCUUACUGGAAAUCAGCGAACAAUCCUAGAGGUUCUUGCUGAUGAGAUGAACGACAAGACUGCUCGACGAACUAUGAACUUCAGCAAAGAGAGCCCUCCCAGUCAAUCCAACGGCGAUGAAAAGAACGAAGGAUUCCUGAAGUCUGUCUGGCACCGACUGAUGGACAACAAGGAUGGUCAGCCCACCAAGUCCGAGUCCAAGAAUGCAAAGAAGAAGGAUAAGAAGGAUGCCAAGGACGACCAAAAGGACGAGAAGAAGUCCACCUAA